CAAACAAAAAAGGGUAGAAAAGUAGAACGGCGCAGCGCGCGUAUGCUUCUAGUGGAGAGUUGAAACUUGGUGGAUGCAGUCAUGCAGGAGCGCAUGAAAAGCUGUUUACAUGACGUCAUUCCCUAUUUUUCUUGUGAUGUCAUGUACUCCAGGGGGGAUGGAUGGCGGGGAGGGGAUUGGAUUGGAUCGCCCCUGUCGACGUCGAUGGUCGGGAUCAAUGCACGCCGCUGCUGCUCGGGGUCUGGCAGGUCGGUCGGAUAUGGCGCCGAUCGAGGCUCUAGGGCUCUAGGCUCUGGCUGGCCCCGGCCGGCUCUGCUUCCCCUAGCAGUGCCCGUCAGAUGUUCGAACAAAUGCUUCAGCGGCCAGCGGGGCGCCGGCGGGCGGAGCCGACCGUACUGAUGAGUGCCCCAGUGCUGCUAACGUGCCCUGGGGGUGGCCAGUACCUAACCACGGCACGGCAGCUAAUAUGGCCGGAGAAGAGCCAAUGCACGAGCGGCGAUGUGCCGCUCCACGGAACGGUGGUUGCAGGCGGAGCGAAAAUGUCAAAAGAUGGCGACGCUCGAGGCGCCAGAGAGGCAAGUGGAUGACUUCGCCGGAGUCAAGUGGAUGAUGAUGGCAGUAUUCCGGUUUUCUGCGAUGAUGGUUAGUCAAGGUGGCCUCUGAGCGCCGGCGUGAGGUGUGAACCCACGGUGUGUGGUGGUCGUGUACCAGUCAACUGCCAACACACCCGCUCCGUUUACCAUCGCUGUCUACAGAUUCCAUUUCACUGCCUCCUAGUAUCAGGUCUCCCCCUCUUUUGUUCACCAUCCACACCACCGUUCACACCAUUAUUGACUCCGGAAGAACUCAGCCAUUUUGAAGCACAGAAGGUGUCCCUCACUAGUCUGAGCAGCAGCCGUCACUCUGGAUACAAGCUCAAAGCCGCAGCCUCAGUUAGGUUAACAGGGCAGCCAUUCCGUGUGAGCGGCUGAGCAUUGCAAAGCUUUCCCAUUUCAGCCAAUUUUACUAGUUACCCUUGAUCUGGGUACAAGCUCAAGCCUGCUUCCUGAGCUAGGGGUUGAUUAUGGCCAAUGAGGGCACCCGUUCCGUGUGACUAUGUCUAUGUGAGGAGCAUUGCGUUGCUUUCCCUUUCCAGGUAUUCAGAGAAAACAAAGGGAAAUAUCUAGACCGCUAUUUUGGUUAUCGCUCUGGAUACAGGCUCACUUGCAACCGUAUAUGGCUAAUGAGGGCACCCUUCCCUUUUGGCUGUGAGCAUUGCAAUGCUUUCCAUGCCAGAUAUCUUCUUCGUCCAAGAAACUCUUACCUGAUGAUCCAGAUAGAGGCAUAGAAAGCAACCGAGAACCUGAGACUUCAAUUUCGGUCAGAGAGCAACCACAUGGCAGGUGGCAGGCAAUCCGAAAUCAGCAUUGAUCUGACCAACAUCAACACCAUGGGUACCCAGGUACCAGAGAAUGGUUCGAGUGAAGUCAGCAGAGGUGUUUUUGGAAUUGGUACUGUCAGCAUGAGGCAACAUACCAUCAAUGGCUCGUCCAACAGAAAUUUAUUACCCCCUAGCCAUGAAUCCAGCUCCAGCAACAAUGAUGAUUUUGAGCUCUUGUGGGGACAUCGUAAAUAUUUGGUACUUCUUGGAGUCCUAGCAGUUGGUGUGACAUACAAUGCUGGAUUAACACCACCAGGGGGAUCGUGGACACUAAACAAGGAUGGUCAUGAUGCUGGUGACCCUGUCAUGCAUGCUGGCUUUUCUGAACGAUAUGAGGUGUUCUUUUACUGCAAUGCAACAGCCUUCACUGCAUCUCUUGUCUUAAUCAUCUUGCUUCUCAGUAAGAGUGUGACAAGGAAGAGAAUGUGGCUCCACUCAAUGCAAUUAACCAUGAUAUUGGACCUAUUCAGCCUGCUUGGGGCUUAUGCUGCCGGAAGUUGCAGGGCACUCAAGUCAUCCAUUUACAUCUGGGUUCUAGUCUUUGCGGUCAUCACAUAUGUUGGGAUCCAUACCCUAGUAUCCACAAGGUUUAUUCCAAGAAAAUUGAAACAGAAUCUGCAGAGAAUGAUAAAUACAGUUCUAAUCAAACGGGGUUUCCUUGUGAGGCAAGUGAGCAUCCCUCUAGAGAACGUUGAGGAGGCUCGCAAGUUCAUUUUGACGCUUGUAAUUUUUGCUGCUACUAUCACAUACCAAGCAGGAUUGAAUCCACCAGGCGGCUUUUGGGCUGAAAAUGACCAUGGUUCUAAUAAGGUGCAUAUGGCCUUUCCUCCUUACAAGCAUCAUCCGGCUACUUCUGUUCUCCGGAGUAACUACCUUUGUCGUUAUAAUAUAUUCAUCGUUUCCAAUUCAACUUCCUUCGUGGCAUCUUUGGUCAUAAUCAUACUGCUUCUGAGCCCAAAACUGAGUGGACAUGGAAUAAGGACCAAAGCAGUGAUUGUAUGUGUGGUAGUGGACCUAUCGUGCCUAAUUGUUGCGUAUGCUGCAGGAUGUUGUAGAGAGGUAGCAACAUCAUUCUAUGUGGUGUUUAUCAUCGUCAUAGUUUGGAUCUCCUUUGCAAUUUUAGCUGGAUUCUUUGUUUGCAGGCCUGUAGCAAAUUGGCUACAAAAGGUCAAAACAAGCAGCCUUUGUUGCGUGGAAAAAUUGGGCCGUGCACUUUCAUUGAGCUUUAGUAGACACAGACAUAGCAAUGCAGAGCAGGAGAAUUCUUAUGCAAGUAAUCAUCAUUCUUCAGUCCGUUCAACUGAUACACCUGCAGAAGAUGACACCCCUGAACCACAAGACCAGCCUGCAGACAAUCAGCAACUUCCAAAUAUCAGAGAGGAUGAGUCCCAUGAGGAGCAUGCACCUGCAGAAGAAAGAAAUCAAAUUUCAGAUGAUGAAGAGGCUGUGAAUCACUCACAGCAUCUGUCAGGGAACAGCCAGCAAUCAACAAAUAUCGAGGUUGUUGCGUCCAACGCGGAGUGUCCGUCUACACAUGUCCAGCGUGUUGCAAAUCCGGAGUGUCAGUCCACAGAUGUUGAGCAAAAUAUGCCGGUCAGGCAGAGUAACGGAGACACUAGUCAUGACAUAGUGGAUGAAGGGCUUUCUGCACCUGCGGAAGCCACUGGCAAUGCAGACUCUGCUGAACAAAACAAUCUGGUUGAAGAUAAUAACCCUAGUACUGAGAUUCUUUGCAGUGAUGACCAUCCUAUACAUUCUGAGAAUGUACAUACUGGCAGCAAUCAAGUACCCAAUCAAAAUGCUGAUGACAUUCGAACUGAGAAGCAUCUGAAGAAGACCCGCACAUGUAUGCUGCUUCUUGCCAUUCUUGCAGUAUCUCUGGCAUACCAAUCAGGCCUGAAUCCACCAGGUGGCUUUUGGUCAAGAAGUAAAGAUCAUCAUUCAGCUGCUGAUCGCAUCCUUGAGGACACCCAUCAUCGCCGGUUCAUUGCAUUCUUCUAUCUCAAUGCAAUCGCCUUUGUGGCAUCCAUUGUCAUGAUCACUUUGCUCUUGAACAAGAUGGUGAGCAACAAGGUUACCAAACGGCGUGCGUUGCCAAUAACGAUGAUAGUGGUCCUACUUUCCCUAACCGGAGCUUUUGCUGUGGGGAACUGCAGGGAGGCAAAGAAGACUAUUUUCAUAUCAGCGCUCGUAUGCAGUGUACUUGCUUAUGUUCUAAUUCAUGUCUUGAUAGCAGUACAUAUAAUUCCUCCAGAAUGGAGAAGGCAGGUGGCAGAGAUGCUAGAGCACUCAGUUAGUCAUUUUUGCUCAGUGUCGCGUCAAUUAGGCCACAACCAGACUGGGGGUGAUACUAGUGAGAAGGAGUUGGGAAGAAGACGUAAUCUGCUAUUGACCAUUGCUAUUUUAGCGGUGACUGUCACAUACCAAGCUGGCAUGAACCCUCCAGGAGGUGUCUGGUCUGAUGACAAAGAUGCCACGGGAACUCCAGGCAAUCCAAUCCUUCAGGAUACCCAUCCAAAACGCUAUGAUGUGUUCUACUACUCAAAUUCAGUUUCAUUUGUGUCAUCUGUGGUCGUCACAAUAUUACUUGUGAAUAAGGAAUCCUGUGAGUAUGGAAUCAAGUCCUAUGCACUGCGAGUGUGUUUGGUGGCGGGAUUGCUUGGCCUCCUCAUUGCCUAUGUUGCAGGAAGUUGCAGAAAUAUUAAACAGUCCAUCUAUCUGAGCAUCAUUGCUAUGGCAGUUCUAGUCUCCCUUCUGAUUCAAGUUCUGCUCUCUUCGUUGCAUGGCACACUAGGAAGACCAUUGGCUAAGUGUCUAGUAUUUCUACACAAUCUUCUCUUUCAUGCAGAGGGUGAACGAGUAAUCAUUCCCGUGAGGCCAAAAGCUUCAGUUGUCGAAGAAAAAGAAGUGAGAAAGAGACACAAGUAUCUGAUGCUUCUUGCAAUUUUAGCAGCAUCGAUCGCAUACCAAGCUGGUCUGAACCCACCUGGUGGAUUCUGGUCUGAUGAUGAGGGCCAUGUACCAGGCAAUCCCGUCCUUCGUGAUAUUAAUCACCGACGGUACAAGAUAUUCUUCUGCUUCAAUUCUUUCGCAUUCAUGGCAUCCAUUGUCGUGAUCCUGCUUCUGUUGAGUAAAUCUAUCAGGAAGAACGCUGUGCCACUUGGGGUGUUGCACUUGAUUAUGAUACUGGAUAUGCUGGCUCUCAUGACAGCUUUUGCUGCGGGAAGCUGCCGCAAGUUGAGGACUUCAGUGUAUGUCUAUGCACUAGUUGGUGGCGUUGUAGUAAUCCUGCUGCUCCUAAUUAUUGUGUCAAAUGCAAUUGCAAAAUAUCGGAAGGCAGGAGAGGGAAGUGGGAUUAACUCCCCGAGACGUCCUGAACCUGUUUCAGGAGCAAACACACCGGCAUGACCUGAAGUUUGAUGCUCCCUUUUUACAAGAACCCUAUUCAUCUAGGAAUCUAUAUUUCUGUAUUAUCUGCGAACAAUUUGUGUGUCCCGUAUCAGCAUUUUUCUUCAUGUUCAGAUUUGACUUGACCACUGGUGUUGCUGUCUGUUGUAUGUUCUUGGAAAUUAUUUUAGCAUACUUGAAAUUUGAGCUCGAGCCUAAAACUGCAUAUCAGGUACAUCGUCGUGUAAUGGAGCUACAAGCAGGCAAUGAGGAUUAUCUUCAUUA